AUGAAAGGGUUAUCCGGCAGCCGCAGCCAUCACCACGGGGUCACCUGCGAUUCCGCCUGCGACUCUCACCACCACCACCACCACCAGGACCAUCACCGCAAGCCCUACCUGCUGAGCCCCGUGGAGCAACACCCGGAGCACCACCCGGCGGACCACCCGUACUACACGCAGCGCAACUCCUUCCAGGCCGAGUGCGCGGGCCCCUUCAGCGACCCGCUGGCCAGCAGCACCUUCCCGCGCCGGCACUACACCUCGCAGCAGGAGCUCAAGGACGAGUGCGCCGCCCUCGUGCCCCGCACCCUGGCCACCAAGGCCAACCGCCUGCCCCCCAACCUCCUGGACCAGUUCGAGAGGCAGCUGCCGCUCGGCCGGGAUGGGUACCACACGCUGCAGUACAAGCGCACGGCCCUGGAGCACCGCAGCAGCGACAGCCCGGGCCGCAUCCGCCACCUGGUGCACUCGGUCCAGAAGCUCUUCACCAAGUCGCACUCGUUGGAGGGCCCAGCCAAAGGGCCUGGCAGCGUCAACGGGGGCAAAGCCAGCCCCGACGACGCGCAGACCCAGACCGUGCGGUAUGGCAAGCGCAGCAAGAGCAAGGAGAGGCGCCCCGAGCCCAAGGCCCGGCCCAACACCUCCCCCAGCACGUCGUCGCCGGGCUGGUGGAGCUCCGACGACAACCUGGACAGCGACAUGUGCAUCUACCACUCCCCGUCGGGCGUGAUGACCAUGGGCAGGUGUCCCGACCGCUCGUCCUCGCAGUACUUCGUGGAGACCUACAACACCAUCAGCGAGCAGGCGGUCAAGGCCUCCCGCAGCAGCAACGACGUCAAGUGCUCCACCUGCGCCCACCUGCCCGUCAGCCUGGACGCGCCGCUCCUCAAGAAGAGUGCCUGGUCGUCCACACUCACCGUGAGCCGCGCCCGCGAGGUCUACCAGAAGGCCUCGGUGAACGUGGACCAGGCCAUGGUCAAGGCGGAGUCGUGCCAGCAAGAGCGUUCCUGCCAGUACCUCCAGGUUCCUCAGGAUGAAUGGACAGGGUAUACCCCUCGAGGUAAAGACGAUGAAAUUCCAUGCCGAAGAAUGCGGAGUGGCAGCUAUAUCAAAGCCAUGGGAGACGAAGACAGUGGUGACUCGGACACAAGUCCCAAGCCAUCUCCCAAAGUUGCUGCACGAAGAGAAAGCUAUCUCAAGGCUACUCAGCCAUCCCUUACAGAACUCACCACACUCAAGAUUUCCAAUGAACACUCCCCCAAACUCCAGAUCCGGAGUCACAGUUACUUGAGGGCAGUCAGUGAAGUCUCCAUCAACCGAAGCCUAGACAGCCUUGACCCUGCAGGCCUGCUCACGUCACCAAAGUUCCGCUCCAGGAAUGAGAGCUACAUGCGAGCCAUGAGCACCAUCAGCCAGGUGAGCGAGAUGGAAGUGAACGGGCAGUUCGAGUCGGUCUGCGAGUCGGUGUUCAGCGAGCUGGAGUCGCAGGCGGUGGAGGCGCUGGACCUGCCCAUGCCCGGCUGCUUCCGCAUGCGGAGCCACAGCUACGUGCGGGCCAUCGAGAAGGGCUGCUCCCAGGACGACGAGUGCGUGUCCCUGCGGUCCUCCUCCCCGCCGCGCACCACCACCACCGUGAGGACCAUCCAGAGCAGCACGGUGUCAUCUUGCAUUACAACAUAUAAGAAGACACCACCUCCAGUCCCACCCAGAACUACCACGAAACCUUUCAUUUCUAUCACAGCCCAGAGUAGCACAGAGUCUGCCCAGGAUGCCUACAUGGACGGACAGGGCCAGCGAGGAGAUAUUAUCAGCCAGUCUGGACUGAGCAACUCCACGGAGAGCCUGGACAGUAUGAAGGCUCUGACAGCCGCCAUCGAAGCCGCCAAUGCCCAGAUCCAUGGCCCUGCCAGUCAACACAUGGGCAACAACCCUGCCACCAUCACCACCACGACCACCAUAGCCACCAUCACUACAGAGGACAGGAAGAAGGAUCACUUUAAGAAAAAUCGAUGCCUGUCAAUUGGGAUACAGGUGGAUGAUGCUGAAGAACCUGACAAUGCAGGGGAAAAUAAAGCGCCCAGUAAGUUCCAGUCCGUAGGAGUGCAAGUAGAAGAAGAGAAGUGCUUCCGCAGGUUCACCCGAUCCAACAGUGUGACGACAGCAGUGCAGGCGGACCUGGACUUCCACGACAACCUGGAAAACUCUCUGGAGUCUAUAGAGGACAGUUCGUGCCCGGGCCCCGCGGCCAGACAGUUCUCCCGGGACGCCAGCACCUCCACCGUCAGCAUCCAGGGCUCAGGAAACCACUACCACGCCUGUGCGGCCGACGACGACUUCGAUGCGGAUUUCGACCCUUCGAUCCUGCCUCCUCCGGAUCCCUGGAUUGACUCCAUCACCGAAGACCCCAUGGAGGCCGUGCAAAGGUCGGUGUGCCACCGGGAUGGCCACUGGUUCCUGAAGCUUCUGCAGGCGGAGCGCGACCGCAUGGAAGGCUGGUGCCAGCAGAUGGAGAGGGAAGAGCGGGAGAACAGCCUGCCGGAAGACAUUCUAGGGAAAAUCCGAACGGCAGUGGGCAGUGCCCAGCUUCUCAUGGCCCAGAAAUUCUACCAGUUCAGAGAACUGUGUGAAGAAAACCUGAACCCUAAUGCUCAUCCAAGGCCCACCUCCCAGGAUUUGGCGGGGUUCUGGGACAUGCUGCAGUUGUCCAUAGAAAAUAUUAGUAUGAAAUUUGAUGAACUCCAUCAGUUAAAGGCCAAUAAUUGGAAACAGAUGGAUCCUCUUGACAAGAAGGAGAGAAGGGCCCCUCCUCCAGUGCCAAAGAAGCCGGCGAAGGGCCCCGCGCCGCUGAUCCGGGAGCGCUCGCUGGAGAGCUCGCAGCGCCAGGAGGCCCGCAAGCGCCUGAUGGCCGCCAGGCGCGCCGCGUCCGUCCGCCAGAACUCGGCCACCGAGAGCGCCGAGAGCAUCGAGAUCUACAUCCCCGAGGCGCAGACCCGGCUCUGA